CGGAAAGCAGCGAUUCAUUAUACACAAUGGGUGUCGGGCGGCGCAUGAAAAAGCAAGGCCCUCCGCCUCCUCUAGAUGAGUCGAACAUAUCAUCUUUAAAAAGACGAAAAGCCGAUGCCCUGGAGGACGCCGCUCCUCGAGGGAACAAGCGUCGAAGAGCUGAAAACAAGGCAGAGUUGAAGAAGAAUGCAAACCAAAAAAGCAAUGGGGACUCGAUAGCGGCAAAGGGAGCUGCAAAAAUUAAGAAGCCUAAGACGGUCAAGACUAAAGAGAAGCCCUCUCCGGCUAAGCCUUCGUUCCUGGACUCCGAUGGCUCGGGCAGUUCAGACGACGACAUGGAGGAGCUCAUUGGAGAUGAGUUCGAAGACCUGGAUAAUGUUAGUGAUGAUGGUUCCUCGGUAUCGGGUGCUGCCGAUUCUUUAUCGAAUGACGGCGACUCUGGAGAUGAGAGUGACUCCGUUUUCGAUUCAGACGAAGACCAACCGCGAAAAGCAAUGUUCUCGGACGACGAAGAUUUGUCAGAUGCAGAAGAACAACUUACGGCUGCGAAUAUAGAGGGGUUGUCGCGAAAAUUGGACAAGCAACAAAUGGAGGAUGCUGCACUUGCCGAGCAGGAGAUGAAAGAGUCGGCCAUGCAGACCAAUAUCCAAGAAGAUCGGCCGGACGUGUUUGGAGAUGAAGAUCAAACGAAUCUACCUCCCAGCCUAGCCCCCAAUCUUCAACUCCUUCGAACACGGAUAACGGAUACGAUCCGUAUUUUGGGCGACCUGGCUACUCUAGGUCAGCCGGGCAAAUCUCGUGUAGACUAUACCGACCUUCUCCUACGGGAUAUUUGCACAUACUACGGGUAUACGCCAUAUCUAGCAGAGAAGCUAUUCUCCUUAUUUACGCCUAUGGAGGCCUUUGCCUUCUUCGAAGCCAACGAAACCCCCAGACCUGUUGUUAUCCGUACCAAUACACUACGCACGAAUCGUCGCUCGCUCGCCCAAGCAUUGAUAAAUCGUGGAGUCGUCCUCGAACCAGUUGGAAAGUGGUCUAAAGUUGGCUUGCAGGUAUUCGAGUCACCUGUACCAUUGGGUGCCACCCCAGAGUACCUCGCUGGCCACUACAUCCUCCAGGCAGCAUCUUCAUUCCUUCCUGUGAUGGCACUUGCACCUCAGCCUCACGAACGUGUCUUGGAUAUGGCGGCUGCUCCUGGUGGUAAAACAACAUAUAUGUCAGCGUUGAUGCGGAAUACUGGCUGUGUUCUGGCAAACGAUGCAAACAAGGAACGAGCGAAAGGUCUUAUUGGUAAUAUCCAUCGUCUUGGCUGCAAAAAUACUAUUGUAUCCAAUCUGGACGCGCGAACAGCAUUUCCCAAAGCCAUGGGUGGGUUUGAUCGGGUGUUGCUAGACGCACCCUGUUCGGGAACUGGUGUUAUCUCAAAAGAUCCAAGUGUGAAAACAUCCAAGACGGAGCGCGAUUUCUUUGCCCUCCCGCACAUGCAGAAGCAGCUGCUUCUUGCUGCCAUUGACUCGACCACCCAUGCGUCUAAAACAGGUGGAUACAUUGUCUAUUCAACUUGCAGUGUGACAGUGGAAGAAAAUGAAGCGGUGGUGCAAUAUGUACUACGUAAGAGACCGAACGUUAAGAUCGUCGACACGGGACUAGGCAAUUUCGGUAGUGAGGGCUUUAAAAGCUACAAGGGCAAACAAUUCGACCCUAGGAUGGCCAUGACCAGGCGAUACUUCCCACACCGCGAAAAUGUGGACGGAUUCUAUGUCUGCAAACUCAAGAAAAUCGGGCCAUCCCCAGCGGACACUAAAGGUUCUGCGGCGCCCACAAAGACUGCAGCUGAUGGGGAGGUUGCAAACGAAGAAUGGGAUAAGACUCCCAUAGCCGAAGAGAAUGGCGCAGGAUCCAAGGACGAAGGGUUCGGACCGUUUGAUGACAACGAAGACGAGCCAUACAUCGCAAGGGCCGAACGGAACAGAAUAAGGCGGAAGGGACUUAAUCCCAAGGCGGUUCUAGAGGGAAAGCAGAAAAAAGAAGAAAAGGCGAAGAAUGAGGACAGCAAGAAAAAGAGGAAAAACUAGGCGAAACCUAUGAAGAGUACGUAGGAUGCUCAAUUGUAUAUUCCCUUAUGGCGUGUGUCACCGGCUGAGCUUUAUUGUUCACAUUUCGCGUUUCAAAUCCAUG